AGCCGAGAGCCCAGAAGCGGUGAGAAGUUAGAGACGCUGGGCUGGGGGGUGUUAGGGGAAAUUACGGACAGACCCCCGCCCCUCUAGCCUGAGCCCGCGAAGAGCGUAGCUACCGCGUCCGGGCUCUGUGUGGACGCGCCGCGCGCGGCCCCGCCAGGGCUGGGAGUUUGCAGACCGUCCCUGCCGCGGCCCGCUCGGCGGCGGCCCUGCGGCUCCCGCGGCAGCCGCGGCGGCCCCGGGCGCGAUCCAGCCCAGGUAGCCGGGCCACAGGCUCGGGGCGCCUCGACCCCGUGCCCCGCCGCGUCGUGGGCCCCGCGGGGACAGCGGCUGGCGGGCGCUCCCUGCUGCUAUUGCUGCUGUUCAACACGGAGGAGUGAUUACUGUUCUAAAGAGGACAUUGGAGAAGGAUCCAUUAGGUCAUCGGAAUGGAAACGAGGAAAGGAAAUCGGCUGACGCAGGAGCCAGAGUGACACCGGCAAGCCCACCCAUCCAGCCUGCACCAUGAACUUGUGUCUUCCUCCUACGUUGUAAGAGCCAAAGGGCAGGUGAAGUUGCUGGAGAGCAAUGGCUCUCUUUACUCCGUGGAAGCUGUCCUCUCAGAAGCUCGGCUUUUUCCUUGUGACUUUUGGCUUUAUCUGGGGUAUGAUGCUCCUGCAUUUUACCAUCCAGCAGCGAACUCAGCCCGAGAGCAGCUCCAUGCUACGCGAGCAGAUCCUAGACCUCAGCAAGAGGUACAUCAAGGCGCUGGCAGAGGAAAACAGGAAUGUGGUGGACGGGCCGUAUGCCGGCGUCAUGACAGCUUAUGAUCUGAAGAAAACUCUCGCCGUGCUGUUGGAUAAUAUCUUGCAGCGCAUUGGCAAGUUAGAGUCAAAGGUGGACAAUCUUGUAGUCAACGGCACGGGAACAAAUGCGACCAACUCCACCACAGCUGUCCCCAGCUUGGUCGCACUUGAGAAAAUUAAUGUGGCAGAUAUCAUUAAUGGAGCUCAAGAAAAAUGUGUAUUGCCUCCUAUGGAUGGCUACCCCCACUGCGAGGGGAAAAUCAAGUGGAUGAAAGAUAUGUGGCGCUCGGAUCCCUGCUACGCAGAUUAUGGAGUGGAUGGGUCCACCUGCUCUUUUUUUAUUUACCUCAGUGAGGUUGAAAAUUGGUGUCCUCAUUUACCUUGGAGAGCCAAAAAUCCCUAUGAAGAAGCUGAUCAUAAUUCAUUGGCGGAAAUUCGUACGGAUUUUAAUAUUCUCUACAGCAUGAUGAAAAAGCAUGAAGAAUUCCGGUGGAUGAGACUCCGGAUCCGGCGAAUGGCUGAUGCGUGGAUCCAAGCUAUCAAGUCCCUGGCAGAAAAGCAGAAUCUUGAAAAGAGAAAGCGGAAGAAAGUCCUCGUUCACCUGGGACUCCUGACUAAGGAAUCUGGAUUUAAGAUAGCAGAGACAGCUUUCAGUGGUGGCCCUCUCGGUGAAUUAGUUCAGUGGAGUGAUUUAAUUACAUCUCUGUACUUACUGGGCCAUGACAUUAGGAUUUCAGCUUCACUGGCUGAGCUCAAGGAGAUAAUGAAGAAGGUUGUAGGAAACCGGUCUGGCUGCCCAACUGUAGGAGACAGGAUCGUUGAGCUCAUUUAUAUUGAUAUCGUAGGACUUGCUCAAUUCAAGAAAACUCUUGGGCCAUCCUGGGUUCACUACCAGUGCAUGCUCCGAGUCCUGGAUUCAUUUGGUACCGAGCCAGAGUUUAACCACGCUAACUAUGCCCAGUCCAAAGGCCACAAGACACCCUGGGGCAAAUGGAAUCUAAAUCCGCAGCAGUUUUAUACCAUGUUCCCUCACACCCCAGACAACAGCUUUCUGGGAUUCGUGGUCGAGCAGCACCUAAACUCCAGUGACAUCCACCACAUCAACGAAAUCAAAAGGCAGAACCAGUCCCUUGUGUAUGGCAAAGUGGAUAGCUUCUGGAAGAAUAAGAAAAUCUAUCUGGACAUUAUUCACACCUACAUGGAAGUGCACGCGACUGUGUAUGGCUCCAGCACAAAGAAUAUUCCCAGUUACGUGAAAAACCAUGGUAUCCUCAGUGGACGAGACCUGCAAUUUCUGCUUCGAGAAACCAAGCUGUUCGUUGGACUCGGAUUCCCUUACGAGGGCCCAGCUCCCCUGGAGGCCAUUGCAAAUGGAUGUGCUUUUCUGAAUCCCAAGUUCAGCCCACCCAAAAGCAGCAAGAACACAGACUUUUUCAUUGGCAAGCCAACUCUCAGAGAGCUGACGUCGCAGCAUCCUUAUGCUGAAGUGUUCAUCGGCCGGCCCCACGUUUGGACAGUUGACCUCAGCAAUCAGGAGGAAGUGGAGGCUGCUGUGAAAGCAAUUUUAAGUCAGAAGAUUGAGCCAUACAUGCCAUAUGAAUUCACAUGUGAGGGAAUGCUACAGAGAAUCAACGCUUUCAUUGAAAAACAGGACUUCUGCCAUGGGCAGGUGAUGUGGCCGCCCCUGAGCGCCCUGCAGGUGAAGCUUGCUGACCCCGGCCAGUCCUGCAAGCAAGUGUGCCAGGAGAACCAGCUCAUCUGCGAGCCUUCUUUCUUCCAGCACCUCAACAAGGACAAAGACUUGCUCAAGUAUGAGGUGAUCUGCCAAAGCUCGGAGCUGACCAAGGACAUCCUGGUGCCCUCCUUCGACCCCAAGAACAGGCACUGUGUGUUUCAAGGUGACCUCCUGCUGUUCAGCUGUGCGGGCGCCCACCCCCGGCACCAGAGGGUCUGCCCCUGCCGGGACUUCAUCAAGGGCCAGGUGGCUCUCUGUAAAGACUGUCUAUAGCGGCCCCUGGCUCGGCCCCGCACUCACUCUGCGGGGGGGAGACAGGGGCUCCAACCCCAACGGGACAGGGCCGGGGGGCAGACAUCAUGUCAUUCAGGGACUCUCCCCAGAGCCUGAACUUUAUGCUGGGAGGUUUCAAUUUGGUAUUGCUCCUUCUGUGGCCCAAGCACCAACAGCGGAAUCCUCGCCAAAACAGAAGGAGCAGACGUCAGGGCAGGAGCCUGGCUUCUCCUUGGCACAACUUCCUUUUUAUUUCUUGAGGAGACUGUCACUGCCGCUGCUCCAAGGCAGAAAGAGAGUCUCAAGAUUCGUUGAAAACAGAACCAGAGGAGGAAUGGAGCUUGUCGGAAAGAACUUUCUAAGGCAACAUUCCUAAACCCAUUAACUUAUUUAUUUGGGAGGGAGGGAGGGGGAACAGAGAGGGCAAAGAGGGACUGAUCAUACGUCUUGUUUCUCUGAUUUCCCACUGUUUACUGUCCGCCUUCACUGUAUUAUUACUCCUGUCUGCUUCCAAAAGGAAGCAGGAGGGAGACAGGGUGCACUGUGGGGCUGGUGGCUCACUUGAGGGCAGCUGCGGGGACCUAGCUCCUCAAAGUGGAUAGUAGCAGAACAAAAGAAAGUCUUGUGUAUGCUUGACAGAUGGCAGCUAGAGGACAGGCACCUCCUGGGCAUGGGGGGAACAGACCCGUGUUGUCCUGAAAGCCCAGCCAGGGACCAAAGAUGGGGCCAUUUUGCAGUGAAAGCUCCUUUCCUCAACCCUCCCCCUCCUACCCCCGUCACACGCAUGCACGUGCGCACACCUUGGCCCCACACCUUUCCUUUAGGAGAGGAAAACAGGAUUGGGGAAUUGAUAUUUGCUGGUUGGUGGUGAAUCCACCCUCUCUCCAGUGCCACUAGAAGGAGGAAAGUAGAAGCAUGGGUCACGCUUGUUUACUCCAAGCGUGUGAUCCGAGCUGGGGUGUGGACAGGCGUGAAGCUGGCCCCUUAGAACCAGUGACGCCACCACAGCUGUGCUCCAGACAGGUGGGCUUGUAUUCUAUUCCUUCUUGUGUCUCCUGUCACCAGAGUUGCAGGAAGGAGGCUCUCCAUGGCCCUGAUGUUGGCAGGGGGAGCAGGGGCAGGCCGGCUGAAUGUGGUGUGUGGUCCUGGCAAUCGCCCGUGGGUGAGAGUGCAUGGGUGUGUGUCUCGCAUGGGGCUGGAGUCUGAUGCUGGUUCUUACUUGAGGCUGGAGUAUUCAGGGGGGGGUGGCAUCCUGAGUUGGCAGGUUGGCCCAGUCAGACUCACUGGAUGUCCCCUGCUAACCCCGGAGUUCCCCACUGUCCACCAUGAUGGGAGCUUCCUGCCCCCCACCGGCCCUGCUUCAGUGCUCUGGCUGGAAGUGCGCAUUUUUCCUGCGAAGCCCCUGGCAUCUCCAGGCUGGUAACGGUGAGCCCUCUUCUCCUCCUUGCAGAACAUCCCAGUCAUGAGCUGUGGCCUGAGCCCCCCAGCCCUCCCUGGUGGCUGAGUGCCUUGGUCACCUAGCACCAUGCUCCGCCCCUGCACCCUUGCUGCCUGCACCCUGACUGCCAUCCGGGACAGCCAGCCCAGCCUCCGCCCCACAGGACAGGCUGGCAGGGCUCACGGUUGGGUGGGCCUUCGGGAAGGGAGCUAGAUCAGGAAUCCUGCCUCUUGCAGACCACGGGGCCUGUGGAGCCUUUAGGUAUGGGAAGUUAGACUGUUCCUGCUUCUCCAUUCUUCCGUGGUGGGUAAAUAGUAUCAAGUGCACAGCCAGCCUUUUUUUUCCCCUUAGACUCUCGGUUGGUCUGAAUGUCCCCUCUAACACCAGACAGUGAAGGGGGUGAGGAGCAGCAGCUUUCAGGUGGCCCCUGAGCACAUGUGACAGGGAGAGCUCCGAUAGGGAGACCUCUGCCCUGAGCGGUGCUGGGACCCCUCCGGAACUCGCCGAGAGCACCCUCUGCCUGAGCCCCGCAGCAAGGGCGUGUGAGUUGAGGGAAUCUUGGUGAUCCGGUGUGUGUGUGUAUAUAUAUUAAUGUUCCUGCAAGUUUUGCAAGGGCAAUUCCUGCUGUAGGAAAACUGUCUUCUGUGUUGUUAGGAACUGCUUUUCCCUAUGAAUGGGCCUCUGAGUUUCUUGUGGCAAUUCCGUUGAGCUCCCAGGGCUACAAUCCCUGGGCCAGGGCCGCCCUCUGCUGGGCUCUUCUGGGAGCUUCCAGAGGUGAGGCUGUCAUGCAGGCGUUGGGCCAGCAGGGGGAGCCUGCUGGCCGAGACCGGAUUUCUCUCGCUGGGCCCGAUGAACCAACCCGUUUUGCAGAGCUGUUUCAGUAAGCCUGGGGACUCAAAGACAGGAAGCUGCGGGGAUUGUUUGUGGCUAUCCUGUUUGCUGAGCUCAGGGCCUCUCAGCCUCCCUAUUCCUUUCCUCUCCAUCAGGACUCAGGUCUAGCAGGCCGGCAGAGCCCUUCCCCGCGCUUGAAGAUCCCUGUGGCACCCCCCGACUCCUACAGUCCAGUAGUGGCCAGAAGUACCUGGAGUUCCGCAGGUGGGGCUGCUGCUCUGGGGGCAAACCUGCACUCCAGGUGUCUGGGGCUUUAGAGGUAGAGGCAGUGACACCCAAAUGUAUUCAGCUCCCAGGCCACCACCCCCAGGGGCCCAGGUCUGAUCAGUGCCCUACCCCCACCCCCCAAGGGGAGACUAGGGAGGAGGCCUCCAUCCACCCUGUGUGGAAGGGGCACCGGGGCUGGCUGCCCUGGGAGAGGACUGUGCCUCUCAGGACAGCUGGGAGCCUCUGGUGGUGUUGCUACUGCCAUCUGAACAGAAUCCUAAACCAGGAUCCUUGUCUUCCUAUGUCAUAAGCAUACCUUGCCAGUUUUUGUCCAUUUUCUUUUCCUUAGUAAAAUUUGGUUCCCUGCCCCCCGCCACUGUGAUCUUACCGAAUUCUUAAACAUGAGGGAAAUAUAUCUAAUUUAUUAAAAGAGAGAAAGCUUUCCUUUGAACCUUAAACAUUUUUGGGAGUGAAAACUCCGGAAAGGGGAAGCACACUUCUUUUAAUGCCAGUAAACACCUCCUUUAUUUCAUGUAAGUAAUUUGAUUUGCACAUGUACAAAUGGAGAAACUUUUUGCAUUUUUGCUUGGACUGGGUUUUGGUCACUGCUUUAGUUUGCUUCUGUGUGUGUGUUUGCUUUAUGUUGAUAUUUAUUGUUUCUCUGAUGGGCCUUUUCACUUUUCUUUGGGGUUGGUUUUUAGAAUCUUGGUACCAUUUAAGAUAGGACACUUCCUUGUGUCACCGAGGAUGCUCAGGCUGGGCACCAGAAAUACCCUCCCAGCCCCCUAGGCCACAGCCUCUGUGCUCCUGCACCCCCAUGAGGCAAUGAGAACCCCCAAGAGAAGGUCUGGCUUCCUCCCGGGCUGCUGGCCACAUCUUUGGAUCUGAGGAGAGCUGGUCGCCAACAGGCUGUGCUCCCUGCAACUCAGGCACCCUGGUGAUGUGUGGCUGCGGCAUGAGUCCAGUCCUACCUGUGAGGUUGCACUGGGAAAAAGCAGUCCCCACUUGAUGUGAUUAUCAUAAGGGGGGAAAGAACAUGCAACCCCUGCUGUUUCCUCAGGAAACACGAGGUUUAUUUGAGUAAAGGUGAUAAAAUUGUAUGCUGUGUACAGGUGGGUUUGUGCUUUUGAGACCAAGGCAGGCCACCGGAUUUCUCCAAGUUGGUGUACCUACAUUGUGUAUAUAAUUGGGACAAAUACCACCUUUUCCCAUGUCCCCAAAAUCUUUGAUUUAAAAAAAAAGUCUAUUUUGUUAACGACAGGCUCGGUUGUAUUAUCAUCCCAAGCCUGGAUUUCUUUAUUUAUUUUAAAAUAUUUUAAUUUCCACAUUGGCUUCAUUCUAAUCCCAUCCAUCCCUGUAGGGCUGCAGAGCAUCUCCGUGGGAAGAGAGGGAUGGACAGAAGGAGAUUCAGACUUCUUUGGGGAGGUGGGGAUUUCCUACCUGGAAAGCUGAGGGUGAGUUCUUUCAUUCCUGUUGGCUUCAGCAAAAACUGGAAGCUUAGGUUUUUCUAGCAAAAGGCCAAAUUAGCUGUAUAGUCUCAGAUGCAGAAUCAAGUUACCCGCGCUUUCUUAGCACUUAGGGUUUUUGUGAGGAUUCAGUGUUUAGCCGUGUCUGGCACAUAGUAAGCCCUCGUAAAUGUCAAAUAUUGUUAUUAUUAGCAUUUCAUAAAAUUUGAGAAAUCAAGAGCUAAGUUAUACCUCCAUGAAAAUACUCCUCCAAGUUGAUGGAAUGUUUUAGGAAUUUCUGUUUUGAGAUGUCCAAAUCCCGUGCCCAUCCUGCUGGUUGAAAUGUUACUGUAUCCCCGAGUGCACUGACUGAUUUGCAAAUAUGCCUGACUUCAGCCCCAGAGGGAACUAGACUGUAAGAAUGUGUAAACUGGAGACGAAAAGGGUGACCCAGUGUUGGACCUCACCCCACUGAUAUCUUCUGGACAAUGCUAGGGUUCUUCUUUGUAGAACUUUUUGAGCUAGAAUUAAAGCAAGUUCUCAGAUAGACUGUACCCCUUAAAUCAGUUAAGUAUAUUCCUCUGAAAUGAAGUAAUAAAGACUUCCUGUGUUUUAUUUAAGGAGAAAGGAAUGACCAGUUGAACUUUGUCAUUCCCUAGGAAGUCUCUUUGCUGUUCCCUGCUGGCCGGGGCAGCCCCUCCACAGUCCAACCCACAGGGAUCAGACCCUGGGCUGGUUAGCGGUCGCGCGUCUGUUUGGCCCCGUUCUCCGAGAAGACCCACCUCCCCCCCAACCCAGCUCGGCCAGCCUGGGGACCCCAAAAUGAUCUGACCACUCAGGUGGAGCUAUGGCAGGCAGGGAGGUUGGGGGGUACAGAGUGUCUUCAGAACCGCUCCCAAGUGGCUGCUCAGUGAUGUUUUCCCAGAUCACCUAAAUACCAGUUUGCCUUUUGUUUUAUGGGGGGUUUUGCGGCUUUCUUCCCUGUCGUAGAGUUUUAUCUUCUAUCUCGGCACUAUUCUGGAUAGACUGCAGUUGGGAGUACGGAUGAAUUUGCUGGGGUCCAGGGUCCUUCUAAGUUCCUUUGUGUUCUUUAGGGGAAUCGGCAGUCUUCUAUGUUUGUGGGAAUAAGAUUGGAAUUCUCCUUCUUCAGAGCUUCGUUCCGUCUAACCCCAGAUUCUGUGAUGCUUUAGGACCACCCCCCACCCCAGCAGCUGGUGAGGCAUGGCAGAGGGCAGCUGUGUGCUCCUAUGGUCGGGGGGCCCAUGUCGGGGGACAGGUGUGGGUGCUCAGACAGGCGGGCAACGCCACAGGCCUCGAAAGCCUUGCUGGGAACAGCAGGACGGGACCUUAGUGGGGGCCGCCAUCUCCGCCAAAGACAAGAUGGAGCAGACCUGGGAAGCACGUUGCUCACUGUCAUGCCCAAGUAUUCACGGGACAAGGGCAGAAUGAUCAAUGCCAAAGGAGAAGGUGCCAUCUUUUCUAUUGUAGUUGCUAUCCCAACCUUGAUGUCCUUAAGCUAACGGCCGUUUGCGUGUAUGUCUUCAAAGAGCUCCUGGUACAACCGUUUUCUGCUGUUCACCUCCGGGGUUACGUAGUGCAGGAUUCUGCAAGUAAGGUGUCGCUGUCCACAUGUACUGUACCUGCAUAGAGAAGACUGCUUUGUUUUCCAAUGUUGUAGAGAAAACUAGGGAAAACUUUAUUUUUCAAUAAACUUUUGUUGUGUGA